CGCUGACCACAUGAGCCCACUGCAUUAUGCAUCCGGCACAUGCCAUAUAACUGGUAAUACCAGUGUCCUACCUGUAAAACCAGUUUUUUGCCUCUAAGACAUGGGGCCCUGCGACACUCUGCCGGGAGAUGUUGAGACUUGAAAUACUGAAAAUCAAAUAGAGACGCCUGACUGAAAAGACGCCUAGAGAAAAACUAUACAGAGUGGGUGCUGAAAAUGACAAUUGGAUGUUCUGUACAUGGGGCAGACUCACUCCUUGUGUCCUUAGGUCAGACUCACUCCAGGAAAAUGGCUGAUGAACUCACCUGCAUAAACCACGUCAACGACUGUUCUGGGAUCCACUAUAUAACUGAAGGCCAAAGCCUUGCAGAAUGUUGGAAAAAAGUCAAGAGGUUGGGUCUGGUGGCACUGAGU